UGAAAUAGAAGAGGAAACUCCAAAGCCUUUCCCUCUUCCAGCUGAAGUGACUAUUGUAAAAGCUGCAUCUAGAUGGGCACAUUGUCUUUCUAUGAUUGAUUGUGGAGAAGUUUACAAGUGGGGAUGGAGGGAAUGUGUUCCCUCUAGGAAGGUAUUUGAUGAAUCAUUAACUGGGGUAAGCUCUGAAAAGGAUGUAUCGGGAAGGCAAACCUCAUUCUUGACAGAGCAAG